CACAAAAGUUUCCUGCGUUUCUUACUAUAACAAGUCUAAUCGCUGCGUUUCUGAAUUAACAGAAAGAGAUCUACAAAUUUCUCAAAGAGGAGGCGGCUCCCUAUUAAGCUUUCAAGCCUCCAUCGAGUUACAGUCUCUCUGUAAAAGCGUCUCUCUCUUCGUCUGAAGCUUUACCUCGCCCAGUCUACAGAAUGGAUGAGUGCUGUUCUAUCCAGCUUAUCGAUGGAGAUGGUGUCUUUAAUGAGUCUGAUCUUGAUGAUUAUAUGAAAGCUGUCAAGCUGGGCGAUUGUGGUCUUUCCUAUGCGGUUGUCUCAAUAAUGGGCCCUCAAAGUAGUGGUAAAAGCACAUUGUUGAACCAUCUUUUUGGUACAAACUUCAGAGAAAUGGAUGCUUUUAAAGGAAGGAGUCAAACUACCAAAGGGAUUUGGGCAGCGAAAUGUGUUGGUAUUGAACCUUGCACAAUUGUCAUGGAUUUGGAGGGUACUGAUGGGAGAGAAAGAGGAGAGGAUGAUACUGCUUUUGAGAAGCAGAGUGCUCUUUUUGCUUUGGCAGUUUCUGAUAUUGUACUGAUAAACAUGUGGUGUCAUGAUAUUGGUCGUGAGCAGGCUGCAAACAAACCACUUCUAAAGACCGUAUUCCAGGUCAUGAUGCGUUUAUUUAGUCCGCGUAGAACAACAUUGCUAUUUGUUAUUCGUGACAAGACAAAGACACCGUUAGAGCAUUUGGAACCAGUUCUCAGGGAAGACAUACAGAAGAUAUGGGAUACCGUUUCUAAACCCCAAGCUCAUAAGGAAACUCCACUUAGUGAAUUCUUUAAUGUGGAAGUCACUGCUCUGUCCAGCUUCGAAGAGAAGGAAGAACAAUUUAAGGAGCAGGUUGCAUCUCUAAGGCAGCCGUUUUUCCACUCCAUUGCUCCUGGAGGACUUGCUGGUGACAGAAGAGGUGUUAUUCCUGCCUCUGGAUUUGCCUUUAGUGCUCAGCAGAUAUGGAAAGUUAUUCGAGAGAACAAAGACCUAGAUCUACCUGCUCAUAAGGUCAUGGUUGCUACAGUUCGCUGUGAAGAGAUUGCAAAUGAAAAGCUUGGCCGUUUAACUGCUGAUGAGGGCUGGCUUAAUCUGGAGGAAGCUGUGCAGUCUGGUCCAGUAUCCGGCUUCGGCAAAAUACUUAGCUCUAUUUUGGAUACAUAUUUCCAAGAAUACGACAUGGAAGCUAUUUACUUUGAUGAGGGUGUAAGGUCGUCAAAGCGACAACAGCUAGAGUCUAAAGCAUUGCAUCUUGUGCAUCCUGCUUACCAAGCCAUGUUGGGACAUCUCCGCACCAGAACUCUAGAAAAAUUUAAAGAUGUUUUAGAACAGUCACUCAAGAGAGGUGAAGAGUUUGCUUCAUCUGUUAGUGAUUGUACCAAGUCUGCUAUGCUUGAGUUUGAUCAGGGAUGUGCAGAUGUGGCUAUUAAGCAAGCUAACUGGGAGUCUUCCAAAUUCCGUGAAAAGCUUCGACGUGAUAUUGAAGCACAUGUAGCAUCCGUUCGAGCUGCCAAACUGUCAGAAAUUACAGCACUUCAUGAGAAGCGAAUUACUGAAGCCCUAGCUGAACCUGUGGAAUCACUACUCGAAGCUGCUGGUCAAGAUACAUGGGCAUCAAUACGGAAGCUCCUUAAACGUGAGACUGAGGCAGCUGUAUCAGAAUUUUCGGCUGCUAUUACUGGUUUUGAAGUAGAAAAAGCAACUGUGGAUAAAAUGGUGGCCGAUCUUGUUGUGUUUGGGAGAAGUGUGGUCGAGAAGAAAGCCAGGGAGGAAGCUGGAAAGGUUCUCAUGCGCAUGAAGGAUAGGUUUACAACAGUGUUCAGUCAUGAUAGUGACUCGAUGCCUAGAGUUUGGACGGGGAAGGAAGAUAUUCGGAAGAUCACCAAGGAUGCUCGUUCUUCGUCCCUGAAGCUUCUAUCUGUAAUGGCUGCUAUACGUAUGGAUGAGAAACCAGAUAAGAUUGGGAAUACGUUGUCAUCCUCUCUUAUGGAUGGUUCCAGUGCCGCUGUUUCUAGCAAGGACAGGAGUAUCACAUCUGCAGAUCCACUUGCUUCAAGCACAUGGGAAGAGGUACCUCCAACUAGUACAUUAAUAACUCCUGUCCAGUGCAAGUCUUUGUGGAGGCAGUUGAAUACAGAGACAGAAUACACAGUUACUCAAGCUAUUGCUGCACAGGAAGCUAGUAGGCGUAGUAACAACUGGUUACCUCCUCCAUGGGCGAUUGUUGCCAUGGUUGUCCUUGGCUUCAACGAAUUUAUGACACUAUUGAGGAAUCCCCUUUACUUGGGAGUGCUUUUGAUUGUUUUCUUAUUGGCCAAAGCUUUAUGGAUUCAGCUUGACAUUCCUGGGGAAUUCCGAAAUGGCAUUCUCCCUGGGCUUCUCUCAAUUUCUACAAGGCUUUUCCCCACCAUCAUGAACAUUCUAAAGAGGCUGGCAGAUCAGGGCCACAAAGAUCCUGAACACCCAAGACCGCCUCUUAACUCGACGAGUUUUAGGAAUGGGACAUAUGAUACGCCUAUGGCAGAUUUUGCAGCAGAUUCAUCAUCAUCAUCUUCUUCACUGUCAUCUUCAUUAUCGCGAUUAUCAUCAUCAAGAGGUAACCUAGAGUACUCAGCUUCUUUGAAGCACAGGCAAGUAGGCAAUAAUUCAUCGGAGGUGGAAUAUUCUUGAAUUGGCCAUAUUUUCAAAGUGAAUAUCAUGAUUUAGGGUGGAUGUAAUAGAUGAUUCAUGCUUAUAUCAUAUAUAUUAUAGUGAUGAGCAAUAGUUUUGUUGAGUGUGAGGUGGUGCGUUGAAAGUUUUCUAUGUUUGGAGAGGUGAGGAGAAUAAUAAUAUUUUCCUUGUACUCUGAGAUGCAUUGAGAGCAUCAAUUUAUUUAUUUUUAUUUUUUUCCUAUUCCUGGUGGAUCUGUUUGGGCUCUGACUCAAGAAUUGCUCGCUGCUGCAAGGACUCAACUUUGGUGCUCUGCCCCAUUGGUGGAGUGUCUUCUAAAGCAUGAUAUAAGGUGUUGGCCUUCGGGUAAAGUUUGUAAUUGUCAAAUAUUAGUAGAUACCUUUGUUUUGUAUGGAUGGUUCUCAUCUUGAUUGGCACGAAUGGAAAUAUUUCUUUCUACUGAA